GCUGCUGCUACACUUCUCAGCUUCUCGAUCGCAUCUGUGUAUCCUCCAUCCACAUAUUAAUUAAUAUACAUUACUUACUGCGAUUGAAACCGCCACGGCAAGUAUGCUCACUCUUGCAAUAUCUAUCUGAAUAAAAAAGGGUAGGAAUCUCCUCCUCUAGCUCAUACUACCAGUUUCAGAUAUGAAGAAGCUUCUCUUCCUCUUUUCUCUCAUCUCAUUAUUCUUCCUCUCUUCUUCUAGUCCAGCUUUCUCACAUAAGUUGUCUCUCAGAAAGCAAGCAUCAGUCCUGGUUUCUCUAAAACAACAAAUUGAGGAAUCCUCCUCUUCCACUCCUCUAGCUCUAGGUGGUUGGAAUGUGUCCAACUACUUGUCACUUUGCUCUUGGACGGGUGUCCAAUGUGAUGGCUCGAAUAGGUCAAUAAUUUCUCUUGAUAUAUCCAAUUCCAACAUUUCUGGUUCUCUCUCUCCCGUUAUCUCCCAACUUCAAAGCCUUGUUUAUCUCUCGGUGUCUGGCAACAGCUUCUCGGGUGAGUUUCCGCAACAAAUUCACAAGCUUAAGAGGCUUCAGUUUCUCAACAUAUCCAAAAAUAUGUUUAGCGGAGAGAUGAAGUGGGAUUUCUCUCAGAUGAAAGAGCUGGUGUCGUUAGAUGCUUACGACAACAACUUCAAUGGCUCACUCCCAUUAGGCGUCACGGAGCUUCCUAAGCUGACGCACUUAAAUCUUGGUGGGAAUUACUUUAGCGGACAAAUUCCUAAAGCCUAUGCAAGUAUGGAGCAGCUCCAGUAUCUGUCUCUUGCUGGGAAUGAUUUGAGUGGUUUUAUUCCUGCAGAGCUGGGGAAUCUAACAAAUCUCCAGUACCUUUUCCUGGGUUACUACAAUGAGUUUGAUGGUGGAAUACCACCUACGUUUGGCAAGUUGGUCAAUCUGGUUCAUUUAGACCUAGCUAACUGUAGCCUGGAUGGUCCAAUUCCUUCCCAACUUGGAAACUUAAAGCAGCUGGAUACUCUCUUCUUGCAAACAAAUGAGAUUAGCGGUGGUAUCCCUCCUGAAAUAGGCAAUUUGAGUAACUUGAAAUCCCUUGACCUUUCCAACAAUAUGCUAACAGGGGACAUUCCACUUGAGUUAUCUGGUCUUCGUCACCUCCUCCUCCUCAACUUAUUCGUCAACAGGCUUCAUGGUGAGAUCCCCCAGUUUCUUGCGGAGCUACCGGAGUUGCAAGUCCUGAAGCUGUGGCACAAUAAUUUGACAGGAUCCAUCCCUUCAAAGCUGGGAAAAAAUGGUAGAUUGGUUGAGCUUGAUUUGUCAACUAAUAAUCUCACUGGCCUGGUCCCAGAAUCUCUUUGCUUCGGAAGGAGGCUGCAGAUCUUAAUUCUGUUCAGUAAUUCCUUGUUUGGUCCUCUACCCGAGGAUCUUAGUAAAUGCGAUACAUUGUCAAGAGUUCGAAUGGGACACAAUUAUCUAACUGGGCCCAUACCAAAUGGAUUGCUUUACCUGCCAGAGCUAUCACUCCUGGAACUGCACAACAAUUACCUCGGCGGACCAAUUCCAAAAGACACGGCUAAGAUACCCAAAAAACUUGGCCAGCUGAAUCUUUCCAACAACAAUUUAUCUGGGUCACUCCCAGCUUCAAUUGGGAAUUUCUCUAGCUUGCAGCUUCUGCUACUUGGUUCCAACAGAUUCAGCGGAAAUAUUCCUUUCCAAUUUGGCCGAUUGAAAACGGUACUAAAGCUGGAUAUGAGUAGAAAUAACUUGUCAGGCACGAUCCCAUACGAGUUAGGUGAUUGUUUCCUACUAACAUACCUGGAUUUGAGCCAGAACCAACUCAGUGGUCCAAUCCCAGUUCAAAUCGCUCAAAUCCACAUACUGAAUUACCUCAAUGUUUCCUGGAACCACUUAAACCAAAGCCUUCCCAGGGAAAUUGGUUCUAUAAAAAGCCUAACUAGUGCAGAUUUUUCUCACAACAACUUGUCUGGACCAAUACCGCAGUUUGGACAGUAUUCAUUUUUCAACUCAACCUCCUUCGCGGGUAACCCUCAGCUUUGUGGGUCAUACUUGAAGAAUUCUUGCGACUAUUCUUCUUCUUCUUCUUCAGUCUCUCCGUUAGAAUUCCGUCACCAGAGUGGCACAAAGUCUCCUCAAGUCCCUGCAAAAUACAAGUUUCUUUUUGCAUUGGGACUUCUGGUUUGCUCUUUUAUAUUUGCUGCUUUGGCAAUCAUCAAGACCCGCAAGGGUCGAAGAAAUUCACAUUGCUGGAAGCUGACCGCAUUCCAGAAGCUGGAAUUUGGAAGCAAAGACGUCUUGGAAUGUAUAAAAGAAAACAAUGUGAUAGGGAGAGGUGGAGCUGGCAUUGUGUACAGAGGAAUUAUGCCAAAUGGAGAGCAAGUAGCAGUGAAGAAGCUGUUAGGCAUAAGCAAAGGGUCUUCGCAUGAUAAUGGCCUCUCAGCAGAAAUACAGACUUUGGGUAAGAUUCGACACAGGAAUAUCGUGCGCUUGCUGGGAUUCUGUUCCAAUAAAGAGAUCAAUUUUCUAAUAUACGAGUACAUGCCGAAUGGAAGCUUAGGUGAGGUUCUUCAUGGAAAGGGUGGCGGCUACCUUAGGUGGGAUACUAGGCUCAAAAUAGCCAUAGAAGCUGCCAAAGGCCUGUGCUACCUGCACCAUGAUUGUUCCCCUCUCAUACUCCAUCGAGAUGUCAAGUCCAACAACAUUUUACUCAACUCCGAUUUUGAGGCUCAUGUGGCAGAUUUUGGCCUUGCCAAGUUCUUGCAGGACACUGGAACUUCAGAGUGCAUGUCGGCGAUCGCUGGUUCAUAUGGUUAUAUUGCUCCAGAGUAUGCAUAUACACUGAAAGUUGACGAGAAGAGUGAUGUAUAUAGUUUCGGAGUGGUACUUUUAGAGCUAAUAACAGGGAGGAGGCCAGUUGGAGAUUUCGGAGAAGAAGGGCUAGACAUUGUUCAGUGGAGCAAGAGAGAGACCAAGUUGAAGAAAGAAGGGGUGGUGAAGAUAUUGGACCACCGAGUAAGCAAUACAAUUCCCGAGGAGGAAGUCAUGCAGGUUUUCUUUGUGGCAAUGUUGUGCGUUGAGGAGCACAGCGUGGAGCGACCUACAAUGAGAGAAGUUGUUCAAAUGCUUGCUCAGGCCAAGCAACCUAACACAUUUCACAUGCAAUGACUUGUCACUUUUCAACUUCUCUACCCUCUAUUAUUACUAUUAUGUCCUUAUCGUUUGCAUGGUUGCAGCUGCGGGCUCACAAUUCUCUUUUUUUUCUUUUUUGAUACCUUAGUCUCCAAAAGAGUUUGUAUUUGGAAGGCUUUGAAACGCAUGCCAAUUGAGAUAUAUAUAUAUAUAUAUAUAGUUUUUACGUACCUAUUUCAAAGAUGUUGAAUCUUCUGCCAAUUAACUGUUUUAGGAGCCCCAUUGGUAAAACAAAACUUACAAGAUUAGAAGCAA